GAAAAUCCCCGACCCAGCCAGGAAUUGAACCCAGGCCCUUAGGACGGCAAUUCGUCAUGCUGACCAUUCAGCUAUCGGGGUGGUGAUGGAGAAUGAUGCCUUGUCACUAAAAAGAACAUCUGAGAAGAAAGUAGGAUCAGUCAGAAGUUGUUGUGAGCCCACUGACAAAAUUGAUCCCUAUUGUUGAAGUCAUUUCCAUGAAGUUCUUGGUGUAAAUGAACAUAGUAAGGAUGAAACUUAUGGCAUUGAAGAAUGUGAUGUGCACUUAUUUUCAAAACAACUACUUCAUGUUGAAUUCAUCAUGUGCUGACUUGAGGAUUCACAUCUGCAGCAGCGAGCACAGCGACUUAACAGCUUUGUCUGUUCAAGUUCUAAAACAGUUUUUAGAACUUGUAUUUAAGCUUCCUGUUUUACGUAGAUGAUAAAUGAGAUCAUUGAACGUUCAGCAAGAAGGCGAUGGGUUGUCAGGGAGUCAUCUGCUGUAUAGUAUUUGUGCCUGAAAAGAAUUUUGCCUGCCCACAGCAAAUUACAGUUCAGGUAUGUACAGUAGUGUGCAACAUAGACGUAAUAACAUAAUAAUCACAAUGUUCUGUAACAGUAGUGAACGUAAAAAUGCAAGUUACUAAAUCAUUUCUUAUGAACGUAUUUCCUCCGUAGAUGAGCAGCAUUUCUACCUUAUCAGUAUGCGUGUGCAUCAUACACCUUUACACAACAAAAACUGUAUUCACAAUGUGUACUACCGCCAGAGCAGCUACUAAGUUACUCUGAUGCAUGACAACACUGGUUUGCAGUGUACUAUACACUAAACCAACAACAAAUGAGGUGCGUGGGGGAGAGAAGAGUACCUGUGCUGACAUGAACCCACACCUCUACUGCAGCACUACAACAGCUUUGAAACCUCAGUUUGCAGAGUCCAAAGAAAUAGAAGAAUUGAGCAGCAAUUUUGUGAUGGUAAAUGUUGGUGAUGAUGAUAAAGUGGUAGGCAGUUCAUUUGCCCCAGAUGGAGAAUAUAUUCCACGCAUCAUUUUCAUGAGUCCAGAUGGUGAAGUGAGGCCAGAGUUUUAUAAUGAGGGAGGCAGUGAAGCAUAUAAGUAUUUCUAUUCUGAUAUUUCGAAUAUAAUAACUACAAUGAAGAAAGUCCAGAGGGCAUAUAAAAAGAAACUCAAAUCAAAAGACACGACAGAACUUUAAGAAGGAUGCAUGAUGCUUCUUUUCUAGUCACUUAUAUAUAUUUAUCACAGAAGCUUGAGAUUUCUAUGAAUUAUUUAGGUACUCAUGCACUGUUUUGUGAAAAUAUUGUAGUUAAUUCUCUUGUCA